CGCUGGGCGGUGCUGAUUGGUCCUCGAGGCGGCACUUCCGGCGCGGCACUUCCGGCGGGACGGCCCGGUAAUGGCGGCGGGCCGCGGGUGGAGGCGGCGGGCGCUGCGCCUGCUCACAGCGGGCGGCGGCGUCCUGCUCACCCGCUUCCCGUUUUGGCACUGCUUCAGCGGGCUCCUGCUCUGCGCGGAGCGCGCCGACCUGCGCCGGAAGCCGGACAUCCCGGUGCCCUACCUGUACGUGGACAUGGGCGUGGCCGUGCUCUGUGCCAGCUUCAUGUCCUUCGGGGUCAAACGGCGCUGGUUCGCCCUGGGGGCCGCGCUGCAGCUGGCGGUGGCCACCUACGCCGCCCACGUCGGUGGCCACGUCCACUACGGCGACUGGCUCAAGGUGCGGAUGUACUCGCGCACCAUCGCCAUCAUCGGCGGCUUCCUGAUCCUGGCCAGUGGUGCCGGAGAGCUCUACCGGCAGAAACCGCGCAGCCGCUCGCUGCAGUCCACGGGCCAGGUGUUCCUGGGCAUCUACCUCAUCUGCCAGGCCUACUCCCUGCAGCACAGCACUGAGGACCGCCUGGCCUACCUGGACCACCUGCUGGGGGGUGAGCUGGCCCUGCAGCUGCUCUUCCUGCUCUACGGGCUGCUGGCCCUGGCCUUCCUAUCGGGCUACUACGUGCGGACAGCGGCGCAGGUGCUGGCAGUGCUGCUGCCCCUGGCCAUCCUGCUCAUCGAUGGCAACCUGGGCUACUGGCACGCGCUGCGCCGCGUCGAGUUCUGGAACCAGAUGAAGCUCAUCGGCCAAAACGUCGGCAUCUUUGGGGCUGUGGUCAUCCUGGCCACCGACGGAUGAGGGGAUAAAAGGGGUGGGAGGGUUUUUUUAAGGAGCGCUGCUAUUUAUUGGUUGAUUUUUUUUUUGUGUUGUUUGUAAAUAUUUGAUAAUUUUGGCAGAGGACAGGUGGGGGGUCCUG